UACUGACACGUAUGAAACAAGCUCUCUUUCUCUGGGCAGUGGGCACAAUUCUAUUUUUGACAGCAUGAAUGUUCCAACCACACUUAGGAUUGUCCUGCUGGGGAAAAGCGGAAAUGGGAAGAGCAGCCUAGCAAACACAAUCGUCGGAGGGACAACAUUUACAUCUAAAAGCUUCGAUGAGAGGAAUACUUUUGUUUCUGAAGCCAAAACCAGACGUGUCAAUGGAAGAAAUCUUACUCUGAUUGAUACUCCUGGUUUAUUUGACUCAGGCAGGUCUGAGGAGGAAGUGAAGCCAGAGUUGGAGAGAUGUUUCAUACAGUGUGCUCCUGGGCCUCAUGUCUUUCUGAUUGUUCUCAGAGCGGAGAAAUACACCGAGCAGAAGCAAGUUGUCAGUAAAAUAUGUGAAUAUCUCUCAGAUGAGGCCUUCGAGUAUGCAGCAGUGGUCUUCACUCAUGGUGACCAGCUCCCUGAGAGGAUGAAAAUAGAGGAGUAUGUUGGUCAAAGUGACGGACUGAGGGAGCUGGUGGAGAAGUGUGGAGGUCGAUGCCAUGUUUUUGAUAACACAUACUGGAAGAACAAUGAGGGGGAGGAUUACCGAAGCAACAAGUACCAGCUGGCCGAGCUACUCAACACCAUAGACAGGAUGUUAAUUCAAAACAGAGGAAGAUACUACACCAACAUCCAGCUUAAUGAGGUGGAGAGAAAAAUACAAGAAGAGGCACAGCAUAUUAAAAUGUCAUCAGCAAACCUGUCGAUAGUCGAGAUCAGACAACAGGCAAAAAGCAACAUCUUAAAGAAACAAAUUGAUUGGACAACAAACUUUAUGGCGAAAGGUUUAGUUGGUGUGGCAGUCAUGCUUGCAGCUGUUGUUGUUGGUGUGGCUCAAUUCCAGAUUACGAGAGACCUUAUUUAAAGAAGCUAGAAUCUACAGAGGAGGCAGAACUAUUACCUGACAAAACCAUAAGUAUACCUCUUCCAACUGAUGCCAUAGAGCAGGAAACUGAGGAUGUAGUACCAAACAUAUUUCUGAUCAUCUUUAACAGAAUUCUGGGCAUUUAUGAA